AUGACAAUGUUCGUAAUCUGUGCUGCUUCGCGGCAAGCUUGUAGCCUCGCCUUGUUCUCAGUAAUUUGCCUGAAGCAUGCCGCGGCGAACAGCGUGGGGCUUGGAGACAAUGAUAGUGAAAAGGCGCUUAGCGGCGAGGACAUUGCACUGCAGAUCGUCGUAGCUGCGGGUCAAGAUGAGCAUGCAACAGAAAAGGAACGCAUGAAUAGUGAGGCAGCCAAAAUGGUUAUUCCGCUGCGUCGCGAUGGAAAUUUACUGCUCACGACCUUGCUUCUGGGUAAUGUUUCGGUGAAUGUGCUCACAUCGAUCAUCACUGCAGACCUUACUAGUGGACUUUUCGGAUUUGUUGCAUCGACGAUUCUAAUCUUGAUCUUCGGAGAGAUUAUCCCGCAGGCAGUUUGCUCACGAUACGCACUAGUGAUUGGAGGCAAGAUGGCCUCGUUUGUUCGCAUUUUGAUCGUUUUCUUUUACAUUUUCGCAAAGCCCGUGAGUCUGGUACUGGAUGCAACACUAGGAGAAGACAUUGGUACAGUGUUCACGAAAAGGCAGCUAGCAGAAAUAAUCGACAUUCACGAAAAGGAGCAAAUGAUUGACAAGGAUGAAAGUAGUAUCAUUCGUGGUGCUAUGACUUUUGGAAUCAAGACCGUCCGGACUAUCAUGACUCCUGUUGAUAAACUGUUUAUGGCUCCAAUGACUGCCAUCCUCGACCGAGUUCUCAUUCACAGUAUAUUAGCGAGCGGAUUCUCACGCGUACUCGUUUACGGCGCGUCAGUCAAUGAUAUUGUCGGGACAAUACACGUAAAGGAUCUUAUCUUCGUCGAUCCAAAGGAAAGUACUUCUUUAUCAAGUUUUUUUCAAAUUUUUGGGAGAACAACGCGAUCGGUAGACCCUAAUUGCAGACUAAGCGCGCUACUACGAACUUUUAAAUCCGAAAGUUCGCACCUUGUUUUGGUGAAGCAACCUCAGACGAUUGAUACGAGUGAAGAAAUGCACACACUGCUGGGCAUUGUAACUCUGGAGGAUAUUCUAGAAGAGAUUUUGCUAGCCGAAAUUCUUGAUGAAGAAGAUAUUUCUGCUAUUCGCAGCCACGACGCGGAGCGUAAACAGUUUCUUCUGCGUCAAUUUGAUGCAUGUGGGCGUCUAGGCCUUGAUGAUCUGUGCCGGGCUGAUGAUCCGCUUGAAGAUGAGCUGGCUAUUGGCCUCAUUCAGGAGCUACCGCAUGUCGAAAUAUGUGCAGACUGUUAG